UCUAAGCUACACGGAAACUGUCGCGUGCAACGGCUAUGCCGCGAAAAUCUUCUGUCACCUGACAAGAGAAAGCUAGAGACAGUCUUUAUUUAAAAAAAAAAAGGGCACACAUUGGAGCUGAAGAUAUGGCUGCUCAAACCUAUGUCGCUAUCUCUGAGCUGCAUCCCAACAUCUCUCAUCCAAGAGUGGCAGGCAUCAUCAUUGGAAAGACUGAUGUGAAAAGCUUCCCUGACAGAAAAAAUUUUGGUAUGGACAGAUUCACUUUUGGCUUCACUGUUAAGGACUCUCCAGACUUCUUCAUCAACGUGACAGCUUGGGGAGGUGAUGCCUAUAUCAACGGGCUCGCCAGCAGCUUCAGCACUGGAGACUGUGUCAUCAUUGAAAACCCUUUAGUUGCCACCAAAGACCUGGAGAAAGGAGAUCGAUUCUGCCCUGCAACACCGAGCCAUUAUAGGUUGCUAGUGACUGAGGCUCAUUCCCAGGUGUGUCUGUGUGCUGAUAUGGACACCACUGACAGGCUGCUGCCAUUGAUUCACCUGCCUGUUAAGGACUCCAGAGAUUUCUACACUCUGGGAGACAUAGUGGCCAACGGGCAAAAGCUGGAUGGAUCAGUGAUAAAUAUACUUGCUGCUGUGAAAUCGAUCGGAGACACAAAGCAGUUCACCACUUCAGACGGACGCAAAGGGCAGAGGCUGGAAGUGAGGCUCUUUGACGACUCCGUCUCUUCCUUCCCCCUCGUCUGCUGGGACAGGGAAGCCAUUCAGCUCAUGCAAACUCUGAUACCCAGGGAGACGGUGCUCUUCAUAGCUGAUGCAAAGAUUAGCUUUGACAGCUUUCGCAGCGGCAUGACGGCAACCGUUAACUCAAAAAGCAUUAUCACUGUCAAUCCUGACACCAGAGAGGCCAGCUUGCUGUUCAGCUAUGCUAAAGAAGUGUCAGAGUCUGGAGCUCUGGAUCAAGAUGAAAUGCUGGAGGAUGUGCCUGUAGAGUCCAUCACCGACGUAUACACAGUGAGCCAGCUGAAGCAGAAGGCCCAAGAGAAUCCUGAGGCUUUUUUUGGAAUCACAUACAGCUUCAUCUCCAAGCUCGACCUCGACUCGUCUGUUUCAAAAGUCAUCAGGACACGGUGCUCUAGGUGCAAAUUCCUUGUGACUGAGGACUUCAGUAGCUGCACCAACCAGUUGUGCCCAGGGAAGGAUCAGACUUUUUCAGCCACCACGGGCUUUGACCUCCUGGUGGACUUCACAGAUCACACCGGCACUCUGCACGCCUGCAACCUCAAAAGCCCAGUGGCAGAAAAGACUCUCGGCUGCACAAUAGAGGAGUUCAGCAGUUUGACUGAUGAUGAGAGGACUGCGAUGAAGUGGAAAUUUCUUUUGGAGAGAUGCAAAAUAUAUGUGAAGAUCAUUCCCUCUACUAAGAUGAAGAGUGGAAUCAGAGGGAUGAUCCUGGACUGCUCACUGGCAGAUGCAGGAGAGGUGAAGCAGCACAUGUCUGCACUGCUGCAGCAGCGCCUGUGAUCAGCAGACUCACUGACAUGUUUCAGCUUUCUGCUUUACCUGCUGUUUGGUGCAAAGUGUUCUGACUAAGAUGUUAACAAUAGGCCUUUAUGCAUGUGCACUUUGAGUUUUAAUGAUUACAAAUUAUUUAUUAAUGCUCCACAUUUUUUCAGUGUAUUUAUGGAAAAGUAUUUAUUUAAAAAAAAACAUGCUUGCUGCUGCAUUGUUUGAUUUUAAAGCUGUUAAACUAACUUCACCUUUAAAAACAGCUUCAUGUUAGUGUGUUGUGUUUUACAUAUAUCAGUCAAUUUUUAUUCCAACUAUUGUUCCAUUAAAUUAAAUCUAAAUAGCAGUCUGAGUGUAAAGCAUCUACAAAUAUGCACAAAUUAGACAAUAAGCUGUUUUCUUAUUAAAGAAUUUGAUUGGAUUUGAACUCACAAUGUUUCAUAAUGUUUGUGUUUUGUAAUGUUUCUCUUCUUUUGACGUUGGAGACUAGCAGCUCCUAAAACUGUAUUGUACAUACUUUUAAAGCAUAUGCCCAAUUUUUAAAAAGGGUUCAUAGAGUUAAGCCCUGUUAAAUGCAAUCUGCACAACCUUUGACCUCUGGAUGUUAUGAAUUACUUCAUGAAAAGGUUUUUCAGUUCUUCAGACUCAUCCUUUAUUAUUUCAUGGCUGUAUCCAUGCAGCU